AUGAAUAAUACGCAGCAGAUUAGAACAUACUUCUGCCAUAUGAAUGCUACCAACUCUUCCCGUCCUGGAAAUGUACUAGCCAAAGUUCCGUAUUCCACGGCUGUUGCCUGGGUCAGCAUUACUAUGACCAUGACCAUGGCUGCGACGGUAACCAUCAUAUUGCUCCUAACCGCCACCUUACGCUACCACAAUCUGCGAGCGGGAGCCGGCCGCUUAAUCGCACAUCUUCUCUUCAUCGACUUCUUCAUCUGCGGCUUCACGACACCCGGCUACAUGAUCAUAAUCUUUCUGGAUCUCGUUGGGAUUAAAUACACCAUCAACUGCACCGCCUGGGUGACAAUCCGGCUUAUUAGCACUCAUGUUCAAUAUCUGGCAUCCAUGUUUUUAGCUAUAAAUCGGUUAGUAGCCAUCACCAUGCCCCAUCGCUACAAAUGGUGGACACGCCGACCAGUCAUGUUCGCCACGAUGGCGUUGUCGUGGUUCAUUUCCAUCUCUGUGAAUAUUCCACCUUUAUUCGGUUACGCGGUAGCAUUGGGGAAAUAUCCACCGCUGAUGAGCUGCACAGUGAAACCGUUGGAAGACAAGGUGUUUAUUGUAACCUCCAGUAUCGGAUCACAUAUUCCCAUUGCGACGCUGUGUGUGAUAUACAUUUUUAUCGCGGUGUACACGAUCAGAUUGAAGAAUUCGGUUCAUUCGGGCAAGCAGAUGCUGCGCCGGAUAAAGGUCGCACGGAUGCUGUUUGUGUCGUUUGCGUUUUAUUUCGUCUGCUUCCUGCCGAUGAGUGUGAUGCCACCGUUUUUCCCGAAGAUUAUCUUUACCAUGCCGGCUGUUAUGCUAUGGCUGAUUGCUCUGCAGAUCCUGGGAUUUAGCUCAAGUCCGGUAAGGAAGCUCAUUAAUCAUAGUACCUAA